GGAAGGAAGAUGAAAUAUUUGCAGACAAGCUAGCUCGUUUAUGUUGUGAUCAUUUCAACAAGUUGAACAAGAAGGGAAAACCUCAAAUAGAUGGCGAGUGGACUUUGUUGGCUGCUAUUGUGCUUGUUCAGCAAAGAGGUUAAAACAUUUAAACCUAUUAUUUCUGAAAUGAAAUAACCAUUUGGUGCUAAACUAUUUACCUUUAUUUAAUACCUAUGUUUUUCGGAUAAGCAUGGCUAAUGAAAUUAAGGGAUCAACCCGGAAGGCUUGGAACAAAUCUGAAGAGUUUGCCACGCAGAUCUACAGGGUCGGAAAAUGCUAAGAGUACAACGCAUAAAUUUCUCCUGCUAAAUUCUAGUGGCCUGAGCGAAUUUCAUUCAGAUGCUUAACUUCAUUCUCUUGCUCCUAUGUUUUUUUUUUUAACAAAAACCCUGUUUGCGAGUGUCGACAGAUUCCACUUCGGCACGUUACAAGAUUUCAAGGCAAAGGCUUCGCAGACUUUUCUUUCUUAUAGUUUACCUCUGGGAAUCAGUUCUUUAUCCAUCGUAUGCAGGUUAAUUAUGAUUUAUUUCUUAAAUUUAUUAAUGAUAUGUAGUAGUUCAAAUACUAUAGAUGACGAUGACAACUCAACAACAAAAUAUUCCAUGGAGGUGGUUGCAAUGGGAACUGGUUCUAAAUGCAUAGGAAGAAACAGAAUGAACAAUCAAGGAACUAUUUUAAAUGACAGCCAUGCAGAAGUUAUUGCCAGGAGAAGUUUUCUCAGGUAUCUUUACCGGCAGUUAUGGUAUGUUUAUAAAGAGGAGAAAAGUAUAUUUGUUUUCCAAGAGGAAAGUUAUUUAUGCAAGCUUAAAGAUGGAGUGUCCUUUCAUCUUUUUACUUCCCAUACACCUUGUGGUGAUGCUUCAAUCUUUCCAAAAGCAGAAGAUGAUACUUUGGUAGUUUCAGGAUUACAAAGUCAAAGCCUUAAGUCUGGAAAGAGAAAAUGUCACUCACCCUCUGAAAUUGUCACACCCAUGGAUUCCUCAAAGAAAAUCUGUCUUGAAAAGAAAACAACCAAUGAUUUAAGCUCUGACAUUCUGAUUGAAACCUCUAUUGUAUCAUCAACUGUGCAAAUCUUUUCUCAAGAAGCUACUGGCAUGCAUAGUAGUAACCACACAAGUGAAACCUCAGCAGAAUUUUCAUUGUACCUAUCAGACUCACAAUCAAAAUGUGAAGACCUAAAAAAUUUCACCAUCAACUGUAAGGAACAAAAAGCAAAUGGAACACAAACAGAUCCUGUGAGUAUAAAUAAUGAUGAGACUGGACAUGUGGUGGCCAAUGUCAAUCAGAUACAAAAUAAUGGUAAACAGUACAAGGAUGUGCAUAGAACAGGAGCAAAGUGUGUGCCAGGAGGUGAGCAGGAUCUUCUUCAACCUGGCAUUGGAUACCAUACUGUGGGUAUUUUACGCACUAAACCAGGGCGUGGAGAUCCUACAUUAUCAAUGUCAUGCAGUGACAAAAUAAUGAAAUGGAAUGUUCUUGGUAUCCAAGGAGCUCUGCUGUCUUACUUUUUAACAACUCCAGUGUACCUGUCAUCCAUUGUGGUUGGUAUGUGCCCCUAUGAUGGCACUGCUAUGAAGAGAGGAAUCUUUGAACGCACUUUAUCUGUAUCAUUGGACUUGUAUAGUGAAUUUUGUCAUCAUAAGCCCAAGACCUUUCAAGCAGAUGUGCAGUUUGAACACAGCAAAUAUAAAGUCAUGGAACAAAGUCAGAGUAAAGUAUCUUCAUCCUCAACAGCUAUUAUUUGGAUUAAAGAUCCCUUCUACCAUGAAAUUUCUGUUAAUGGACUUCGACAGGGCGUUACUAAAAAGAACCUCUCAUCACCAAAAGCAAGGUAUUUAAGAAAAAUCCACGCUUUUUUUAUUAGAACCUGCAUUUGUAAAGCAAGUCUGUUUGAGACAUUCAAAGCUCUGGUUGGUAGCAUUCCUGUCUGGAAGCUUCCGUCCUCAUUAAGGCAAAAGAAAAUAACAAGCUACCACAAUGCAAAGAGACAAGCUUCAAUAUAUAAUGCUGUCAGGGAAAAAUUCCUCAUUGCAUUUCCAACUUGGUGCCUGAAGCCUGACAACCUAUCAAAUUUCACUGGAUCAGAAUGAAAAAAUAAAGAACUUUCGUGGUUCUUAGCCAUGCUAGCUGCAACUUGUAGGAGAUAUGGAUUAUUUGUGGUCAUUACUCAAAAUUUGUAUAGUCAUUUAGCCGAUUGGCCACUGUCACUAGUGUCAAGAGAAUGAAUCAGUUUUAUUCUGUUAAUAGUUGCACAGUAAUCAAAAUAACACGAAUAUUAAGAAGCUGGAGUACACAUAAGAAAUUUAAGCAAACCCGAAGACAGCAUUCUAUUCAACCUCAUAAACAAAUUCAGCCAAGGAUACUGGAUUUCAUAUUUCUGUUUUUCUCUGGCUGAAGAUUGAGUGGUAGUAUACAUUGUGCAUAUACCUGUAUUUACAAAAUCGCAGUUUUGUUGUUAUGCUAAUUUACAAUCCAUACUUUUUAUCACAGCUCCAAUGUACCUGAUUGAUCCUACAAUAAAACACUGAAAUCUA